CGCAGCACCGCGCGCGCGCCGUAACGUCGUAUGUCAAACGUGCCGCGAGUACAACCUAAUAAAUCGCUAAUCUUGCGCUCGAUCGACGAGAAGGUCGCUUCCGAGGGUGUGACGAUUUAUUCGCGCUCGAAUACAGGAACCCGGACGAGAACGGGAUAUAUAUAUAUAUAUAUAUAAUAUAUAAAUAUAUAUAUAUAUCUUAUCGUGAUCGCGCAAUCGCGAGGUUGAGGUUAGGGAACGUCGUCUGUUUCGUAGUGCGUCUAGGUAUACGCGUGCGCGACCACUCGAGUAAAGUGUGCACACGCGGUUCGCGCGGCUGUCAAUUUUCAUAUUCAGCUGGUGGUCGAAGAUACACGCUGGUGCGAGCCUAAUGGCGUAACGGCGACACGGUCGUGGACAACGCGCAGCAGGGAUCGAAGAAGAAAGGAGCGGAGAGCGAGCAGGUUGCGCGCAGUGACGUAAGAAGUCCAAUUAAUCGAGGAGACGCGAUAUAAAGGGUACAUCGGGCAGGUUGCGAGAAACAGGUGUUCGUGAUCUUGCCAAGUGUCCGAAAGAGGAAGAAGCGAGCGAGAUGGGCGAGAGACGAGGUACGAAGGCCUUGGAGCUUUGGUGCCGGCGUAUAACCGACGGUUAUCCGGGUGUAAACGUGCAAAACAUGACCACCUCCUGGAGAGACGGACUAGCCUUCUGCGCCAUGAUUCAUCACUUUCGGCCGGAUCUCAUUGACUUCAAUGGCCUAAACAAGGACGACGUGUACAGAAACAACGAGUUGGCUUUUAGAACAGCCGAGCAGCAUCUUGGGAUUCCCGCCCUUCUGGAUGCCGAGGAUAUGGCGUCCUGCGCGGUUCCCGAUCGAUUGUCGAUUCUCACCUACCUCUCGCAGUUUUAUCAGACCUUCGGAGGAUCGUCGCCAAGUCGUUUAGCAACGACCAGAACAACCGAGACCGCCGACGAGAGGAUCGCCCCUGUUCCGGAAUCUCCUAAACAAAAGGUGGGGUCGCGUCUGGGGAUGCGGAGGGAUCCGUGCACCGCAUGCGGGCUGCCGGUCUUCCUGGCGGAGAAGCUGCUGAUAGCGCGCGCUCCUUAUCACCGUACCUGCUUCCGGUGCGCACGCUGCAGCAACCAGUUGACGCCGGGCAACUACUACGAAACCGAGAAGGGCCAGUACUGCUGCGAGACGUGUCCGGACGAGGAGAUAUCCGCCAGCGUACGUCGCAAGUACGCCGAGUCGACGACGAUGGAUGAACCGUCGAGGCCGCUCAGCGACGAGGAGAAGACGGAGAGAAAGGAUGCGCAGAGCCUGUUGGAUAAGGCAACGGUGCCCGAUCUGAUCUCCCACACAUCGCAGAUGCGCAAGAGUUUCAUGGCCGGCCACCUUCUCUCCGAGAAGAUCGACGAGUCCACCGCGAGAGACGCGGACGCAAAGGAUGUCGAGGUCGACUCCGAUUAUCGCGAGGAGGGGAAGAGCAGGAUCGACUCGGCAUUCCCAGACGACGACGAGAACGAAGAGGACGAGGAGGAAGGAGAGGAAGAGGAAGAUGAGAAAUCUCGUAGCUCCGCGACGGAUUCUUCUCCAGACGCGGAGGAGUUCGGCGUCGAGCGAAACAAUGUACAUAGCAUGUUAAAUAGCUUAGACAUUAGGAGCGACGAGGAUCAGCGAUCGACUGCCAUUUCAUUCCAUGACAUAGAUAAGGAGAGCAGAGAUAAAGAUACCAAAGAGUCGCCAGGACGCGUCAAUGAACGAGCCAAUCCCGAAACGAGACUGUCCUUGGUGCAGAAGAGACUCCAGAUGUUCGAGACUCGGGACCAAAUAGAUUAUACCGCGAAAAUGGAUCGCGGCAAAGGGAAAAGUCCGGUGGCUCAGGGCGAUUCCUGGGACCUGGAACCAGACGUUCUUCGAGUGAAUCAGGAAGAACGUUCGGAAAAGAGGCUCGAGGAAGACCCGAUGAUCAAAAGUAUCGAUAAAUACAAAGACAGUUUUGAGAACAUCGGCGAACAACAAAAGGAAGACAAUUCGACCAUUGCGAGUUUAGAGAAACGCAAGGAGAGUUUCUCGAAAGACGUUGUACGAGCGAAUAAUGAAGAAGAACAACAAGCUAUCGAUAACGCGCGGCUCAAAGAAAGCUCGAAAGUUGAAAGCAUCGAGACAGAAAAGGAGAGCCUCGCGAAAAUUGAACGAAGAGAAGAUAAUGAAACAGAAAAAUCUUAUGAGAACGUAGGAAGCAGUGUGCUAACCGCGAGAGGCAUCGAUUUAAGCGACCACAAGGAUUAUCCGGAAGACCUGAAUCCCUUCAAGAGCGAUGAAGAGGAUAACAUUACGGAAGGCAAAGUACGGACCACGAUAGAUAGCUCAAGAAACAGCAAAGUGUCCACUAAUCCAUUUGACAGCGAGGACGAAGAUGUCGAAGAACCCGAAGCACCGAAACCAGCGGCUAGGAGUAAACUGGGAAAUCGGGGAACCGUAACGGGAGCGCCCGUAACCAAGCGGAUUCUGGCCGCGCCGCAAAUCAAUCUAAAUCCAUUUUGGAGCGACGAGGAAGAGGAACACGAUAGCGACGAAGAGGAACGAAGUACAAGGCAGCAAGGAAAUGCGCCUGUACCGAAACCGCGCACUAUCAAGACCACUUCCGAGGUAAGCGUUAUACGAAGAGCCGAUUUGAAUCGUGGAAGCAUGUACGCGUCCAAUAGUUCUUUGACCAGCUCCGAAUCGACCACAACUCCUAGUGGAACGUACAGGAAAAAGAAGCUCGCUCCCCAGCCACCGGCCGCAAAGGAGCUGUUUCCGUCCGAUCAGCAUGAAUCGUCCAAGUGUAAUACACCAUCCUCGUAUCACAAUUCCCCAUCGUCUCGCACGACGCCACGAGCUCGGAAAACCAAACCGGCACCUCCACCGCCAAUGCCAACCAGUACACCUCGCAACAUAUCGAUUGGUCACGCGCCAAGUUUUGAGGAAUCUCCCAUAAUCAACCUUCGCGGCGAUGAUCGCAGUUUAAAUAUGUGGGAAGAUCAGAAAACGAACAAAGACGAGACGAAUCGAAAUAGGCAGAGCUUGAGCGGCAUCUUGUGCACCGAUAGUUCCUCUUACACGUCUUAUACUGACAAAAGCAUCCAAGGAAAGUGGAAGAGGAAAAAAGGUCCCGCACCACCGCGACCAAUUCCGCACAGGAGAAAGAUCAAAGUAAUAUCUAUGAAAGACGUGAAAUUAGAAUUAGAUGAAAUAGAAUUGCAACAACAAGGUUUAGAAAGACAAGGCGUACGAUUGGAACAAUUGAUACGAGACAAAUGCGAAUCCGGACCAGAAGGUAGAACAGAAGAUUCAUCGCUCGGCACGGAUGUGGAGGAACUGGUUUUGGAAUUGUUUGCAUUAGUGAACGAGAAGAACGAAUUGUUUAGGAGACAGGCCGAAUUGAUGCUACUAAGACGACAGCAAAGGUUAGAGGAGGAACAUGCUGAAGUGGAAUAUCAAAUACGAUGUCUCAUGUGCCAACCAGAAGCUACUAAAACGGACUUUGACAAACAGAGGGAAGAAGCAUUAAUACAAAGAUUAGUAGAAAUAGUAGAAAGACGGAACGAAAUUGUUGAAUGCUUGGAGAUGGAUCGUCGAAGGGAGGUGGAGGAAGAUAAGAGUAUAAAUAAGCAUAUGGGUUUAUUUGCUGCGAGAAAUAAGAAUGAGCUAUCGGACAGAAAUAACGAUUCUUCCAACGCGGAAAAAACAAAAAAGGGGAAAACGAAGGAAAAAUUAAGAAAACUUAAAAAAGUCGUGAAAAAAGACGCCGAUAAAGAUGUGGAUGAGACUGAGGUAAAACUCAAACGCCAUAGAAGAAAAUGGUUUUGAGUCGUGUGACAGUUAACAGUUAAGAUAGAUUUAUACAAAAUAUAUUUCAUAUUUAAUACUUUUAUACAUAAUUUUUAA